UUUCCUUCUCCCGAAGUCGAAUUCCCAAGAAGAAAGAAGAAGAAGAAGAAGAUGGCGUACGCUUACACUCCCACCUACUACUCCUCCUUCCACGACACCAUCACCUCCCUGUGCAAGUCGAUCCUGCCCUUCGGCCUCAAGAGCCGGCGGCCGCCGCUGCCGGACCAGAAGCUGGCCAAGUGCCACUCCGACAGCCUUAAGUGGCAGCAGGACUCCUUCCACCGAAUCCUUCACCUCAUGGGCCUUCACAAGGAAGGAAUGGUGCCCGAGAGCGACGUGGCCGCCUUCUGCACCCAUAUGCUCGACACCCUCAUCGCCGCCCCUAGGGAUCCAGACCCGCCCGGCGUCAUCCGCGACAAGCUUCUCUUCUUGCAGGAAUUGUUGUAUGCUAAAUGCAUCUCUGCGGAGGUGUACCAUUCAUCCAAGAGGCCUCUGCUGCAGAGGCUCGCGAUGCACGGCGCGGAGCUCGAUUGCCGCGACGUGAUCGUCCGGUGCCCGACGAUGAGCUCCGAGGAGGAGUGGUCGUUCAUAGAGCUCGGGGACAAAGAGCCCCCUCCGGCUGUAGAGAAGGCGAAGCACCGAACUCCCAUCAAAGCCUUCAUCGGCAAUGCGGCGUCGUGGACGACGGGGAAGGGGAAGAAGGACUCCUCCCAAACGAAGAAGGGGCCUUUAGGCUCCGUGGAUGUGAACGCCAUGGACCCAUCAAGGCCUUCGAUGGAGAACCCCUUUUGGGCCAGGAACCAACCGAGCGACAAGAGCUCGAUCCUGAUGCCGGAGGGCUCCCCGUUGAUCCCCAUCAAGUCCGACAAAGGGAAGAGGAAGGCAUUCCAAGAGCUGUUCCGGAGAGAGAGGCGAGAUGAGAACGAGAACAGCGAGCCCCUAAUUGCUGAGCCGGAAGAGAAACCGAUGAGGCCGACGAAGAAGCACUGGGGACUUGACGUGCUGAAGAAAUGGAAGAGAGGUAGCGGCAACGAGGACGAAUCCACCACUCCCUACUUGCCCCCAGGGAAGAGAUCGGAUGAGGUUUCGUCCAUCGCCUGCACCCUUGCCGCGAGCCCCGUCGGCGAAGGCCCCGACACGAAGCGGCUCAAGAAGAAGAUGCACUCUGACGGAAUCGUAAAUGACUUUCACAGUCUUCUCUCCCUCUCGUUGAAGGUCUCGGCAGAGAAGAUAAAGACGGAACUCAGUCGAAUUCAAUCGGAGCUGUGCGCGAGGAAUCCAAACCUUAAUUUCUCGGACGAACAGAUCGAGGCAAUAUCAACCAAGCUUCCCAUCGACAAGGCCGACUUGAACGACUUCUUUCCCAAGUCAUGGUGUGACAGGCACGGAGCCGUCGUGCUCGACGUGGUGAGGAAGGAGUUCAAAGGUCAUGUGGGGGAGAUGGAGGCCCUCCGUAGCGCUGCAAGAGACGAGCAUGGCAGUGCAGAGAAAUGGGUAGCCUUCCAAGAGAAGGAUGACAGCUUCCAUCUCAAUCUCUUCUCUCACAAGUCAUGAACCACAAGACUUCACAUUGAUCUCUCUCUCUCUCUCUCUCUCUCUCUCUCUCUCUGUCUCUCUCUCUCUCUC